CCGACAAUAUGGAUCAUCGAGAUCCACCUGCGCUCUUUACUUGACUUUAUUCUAACGUCAUUUCCGUGAGGUCGCUUUUCAGAAAAGUAAGAACAUUACAGUGUUUUCUAACAGCUGCCCAAGGUUUUCGAUGAAACCAUUAAGCGAACAAUGUAGCGAGCAUCAGAAGAAAAUUGCCGCCUUGUCCGCUGGGGAGAUGCCGAGUGAGCAGGCGAGAACAGCAGCACCUGGAAACGGUGUAACUGCGAGCUCAACACAUAACAGAGAGAGUUCAGCACCGCAGAAUGGGAUUGUGCCUUCUCGUGAUGUCAUCCACCCCGUGUCCCAGUCACAAGCUGGACAUCAGCCUGCAUCCUCUACACCUGCUCAAGGUGCCCAGCCCCCCAGAGAACAGUGGGGUGGCAAGUACGAAUUUCUGCUCUCUUGUAUCGGCUACUGCGUUGGCCUAGGGAAUGUCUGGAGGUUCCCUUAUCUCUGCUACCGAAACGGAGGAGGCGUGUUUCUCAUCCCGUACUUCAUCAUGCUCUUCUUCACGGGAAUGCCACUCUUCCUCAUGGAGCUCAGCCUGGGUCAGUAUGGAGCUGCAGGCCCCAUCAUGGUGUGGAAGUGCUGCCCUCUCCUCAAAGGUAUUGGCAUAGGGAUGCUUUGUGUGUCCACACUUGUGUGUCUCUAUUAUAAUGUCAUUAUCGCUUGGACGUUCUACUACCUGGGCAGUUCUUUCCAGAGCCCUCUACCAUGGUCAUGUGAUGCCCUUCAUAAUCUUGCUCUUUGUGGAAACAAAACAAAUGCUACUCAUCGCACACAAAGUCCCUCUGAGGUCUUCUGGAAUGUAAAGGUUCUGGGUGUGGUUAACAGUGAGGGGCUGCAUAAUCCUGGCCCAGUGCGUUGGCCUCUAGCUCUCUGUUUGCUGGCUGCCUGGUUUGUCAUUUUCCUCUGCAUGCUCAAGGGCAUUCGCAGCUCUGGCAAGGUGGUGUAUGUGACUGCCACCUUCCCAUAUUUUGUGCUUGUGGUCCUCAUCAUUAGAGGGGCAACCCUAGAGGGCUCUUUAAAUGGCGUAGCCUUCUACCUCACUCCAAACUGGGCUCAUUUGGCCGACGCACAGGUUUGGAAUGAUGCUGCAUCACAGAUCUUUUACUCACUUGGUAUUGGAGUUGGUGGGCUCCUGUCAAUGGCCUCUUACAAUAAAUUUGACAAUAAUGUCAUCAGAGACACUCUGAUUAUCACUAUAGGGAACUGCACUACCAGCUUUUUUGCAGGAUUUGCCAUCUUCUCUAUCCUGGGUCACAUGGCUUGGAGGAAGGGUGUGCCUGUGGGUGAAGUGGCAGACACAGGUCCUGGUCUGGCAUUUGUUGCCUAUCCAGAAGCCCUGGCCCUUCUGCCUGGGUCCGUGUUUUGGUCCAUCCUUUUUUUCCUAAUGCUCUUUAUGUUGGGAGUGGAUACACUGUUUGGUAACAUGGAGGGCAUCUGUACAGCUGUGCUGGAUGAGUUUCCUCAACUGAGAUCCAAUCUGAAGUACAAGACGCUGUUCCUGGCGGCACUUUGUUUCAGCUUCUAUCUGAUGGGCUUGCUACUUAUCACCGAUGGAGGGAUAUACUGGUUCACCCUCAUAGACUCCUUCAGCACCAGCUUUGGUCUCAUCAUUAUCACUCUCUUCAUGUGCAUUGGCAUCUCGUUCUUCUAUGGAGUGAACCAGUUCUGUCAGGACAUUGUGGACAUGAUCUGUCAUUGUCCGCCCUGGUGCACAAAACUGCUGUUUUACUUCAAAGCCUGCUGGGUGGUUUUCACUCCCUUCCUGCUAACGUUCAUCCUGACUUACAUCUUCAUUGAGAUGUACCGUACUUCGCUACGCUAUGGCUCCUACGUGUAUCCGACUUGGGGCAAAGCACUGGGCGUGUGUAUGGGUGCCUUCUGUUGUCUGCAAAUUCUCAUCUGGGCCAUAGUCGCCAUCAGUAAAGAGUCUGGCACUCUAAAAGACCGUUUUAAGAAAUCCAUCCGUCCGCUGAACUCCUGGCGCGUAAACGACCUCAAUGCCAACAAUGAGGAGCAGCAUGUGGAGCCUGAGAGAGUAGAGGGACCCUUCACGGUUAACCUGACUGAAGCCGACUUCACUGCCAUGAACUGGGAGGCCAUAAGCGAAGCAUAACGGUGCCUCCAGCGUUGGGAGGCUGAACUGCACCCUCUCAAAUGCACAAGUCCUAACAAGUACUUCCUGACUGGAGAAACUGUGCAUUCCUUGCCUGUACAGAUUUUCAAAAAGGUGGACUGAAAUGAUCUUAUUGUUUUGUACGACUCAUUACAAAAAGCUUUAUUUAUGAUAAUUAAUUCUCAGUUGAUGUGGUACUGAGAAACAGGGAGACAUUGUGUUCUCUGUCUGAAUAAUUGAUGUCCAAAGAAUUCUAUUUCCAUCCCAUUCUGUUUGUCUGGUCUUUUAAGACAAAAUCAUGCAGAGUGUGAAAAAGGUGCAUUUUAACUUUUAUAAAGAGAUCUUUUUCUUUUACAGUGAAUUCUACAUCAAAGACAAGAGCCACAUUAAAACAAGUCAAUCCCUUUAGAAGACCUGAUGUGGUUUAGUCAAACUGCUGAUUUUAUAUAACUACCAUUGUAGAUCUAGUGAAUAAAGUGUAGUAUAAAUAUUAUAGAAUGUUAAAUAUAUAAAAACGUAAUAAAUAUUUUGAUAAUAUUUGUCAAAGGCCAUGUCAUACAAAUAAAAUCUGAUGUCUUUGUGGCACAACUGAAUUCUUCUUCUUAGUAAAACUA